AUGAACAUUUGCAAUAAUCCCAAUACCCGCCUCCUAAUGCGGCUUAUCGUCGAUGUUUUGCUGCUGGCCAGUGUCUUCACCGUGGCCUUGGUCAUCUUACCGCAAAUGCUGCGCACCCGCCAUCGCGGUUUCUUUUGCGGUGACGAAAGCCUUGCUUAUCCCUUUAAGCAGGACACCACACUGCGUCGUAUUCAUGUGACAAUUUUAGCCAUUGCUGUACCUGCUGCCUGUGUGUUAAUCAUUGAAAUGUUGCGCGUAACAUUUCCCGCACCGAAGACGGCCACUUCCACGGCUAAAUACGGACACGUGCCAAAACCACCACAGCGUUAUGUUUUUGUGGGCAUGCGCAUUCCGACCUUUGUCAGUGAAUGCUACAAUAUGAUGGGCGUCUACCUGUUCGGAUUGGCCUUGGUGUUAAUCGCCUGCAGCUGUACGAAACAUUUUACCGGCCGCCUGGCACCCUACUUUAUGGAAGUUUGUCAACCACUGUUGCCGAACAAUGUGACCGCCUGCAGUGACCCCUCACAUUAUGGGCGUUUUAUUGAACACUACACCUGCUCCUCGUUGACAGCCAGUCCACAAUUGUUGGCCAGUAUGCGGCAUUCGCUGCCCAGUAUCCAUACCGCUGCGACAGCCUAUGCUAUGAUUUUUAUGGCAAUUUAUAUGCAAGCUCGUCUCAAGACGGGAUGGAUAAAAUUGUGGCGUUGUCUUUUACAAUUCUGCGGGGUUGUGGUGGUACUGGUGGUAGCUCUUGAACGUGUUGGUUCAUAUCGUCAUCAUUGGACUGAUGUGGGGAUGGGUGCUGGAAUUGGAAUCCUCUUGGCAUUUUUUAUGACCAUAUAUGUAUCGCCGCUGUUCAGUCGGGUACCCAUAAAGGUGCGACGUAUCCGCGAAGAUGGUUCAAAUAUUUAUGGAUAUUAUACAGUGAUGCCGAAACCAACAUAUUUUGUUUAAGU